GUCAUGGCAUCCGCGUCCGUUUCUUGCUACCCGGAUCACCACCACUACUCCAACUUUAGUUAAUUGAUUCUACUGCUAGGGUGGGUUCUCUUUUUAGGCUGUGUGAUUUACUUGCAGCAGCUAGCUACUUGUACAAGUACUGGUACUAUACUGUACUGGUACUAGUGGUGUUUGGUGCCUCGGCCUCCUCCUGGGCAGUGGGCAGUGGGCACCUUCCCCUCUUCCUCCAUUCCUCCUCCCUCCCUCCCUCCCGCACUGCCCGCCCUUCACUGCUCCCUGCCCCUCCCCACACGGGCCCGCGAUUGCUCAUGGCGUGCUACCCAAAUGGCGGUCAGGCUCCCUCCUUUUCUGGCGCUCUAGGGGCUUCUUGCGGGUGCGGGUGCAGCGCCGCGACGGAGCCGAGGUGGCUGUGAUCCCCUUGCCUCUGCGUCUGCACUUGCUACGAGCUUGUGCGUUCGGGCGACGGCGAGAUGCGGCGUCCUGCCUGCGCGGUGGUGCUGCUUCUCGCUUCCCUUCUUGGAUCCACAGGUACUGAUCUGGCACCUGCUCCCGGGGUUGGUAGUUCGCCUGUCGAUCAAGGACAAGCCCCUAGUCCUCCUGGACCUUCCUUCGCACUAGGUCCAGUAACUCUUUCAUCAGCACCCCCUGCUUCAUCAGCAAGCCCUCCCCUCCAGAAGGGGGCUGCUAGCCCCGCAGUUCCGGCUGAACCGGCUCCGGUAGCCCCCCCUAAAGGUUCUAAUGCGCCUCCUCCGGUCGAGUCUGUGCUGCCUCCAGUCGUGUCUGUGUCUCCUCCAGCUGAGUCCGCGCCUCCUUCGGCUGUGUCUGUGUCUCCUCCAGCUGAGUCCGCGCCUCCUCCGGCUGUGUCUGUGUCUCCUCCAGCUGAGUCUGCGCCUCCUCCGGCUGUGUCUGUGUCUCCUCCGGUUGAACCUGCUCCUCCUCCGGCUGUGUCUGUGUCUCCUCCGGUUGAACCUGCUCCUCCCCCUGCUGUUACUGAGGUGGUGCCCCCGGCAGCAGCUCCUCCGCCGCAAGCUACAGCUGGAAACCCCACACCAAUACUUCCUGGGUCACCUGCAUUGCUACCUUCAGUUCAGGCUCCUGCGCCAUCUGUGGCUGUGAAGCCUAAUCUGCCACUAGCACCUCCUGCUUCACUACCUUCAGCUCAGGCUCCAACUCCAUCUGUGACUGUGAAGCCUAAUGUGCCACUGGUGCCUCCUCCUUCACUAUCUACAGUUCAGGCUCCUACUCCAUCUGUGGCUGUGAAGCCUAAUGUGCCACUAGCGCCUCCGCCUUCUGUGAACAAUCAACCAGGUAGACCAAUUGGAUCAGGUAAUGAUGUCCCUCCGUAUCCGCCACCUGAAGGCAUUUUCCCGGCAGUCCCUCCUUCCACUUCAGUAGUUCCUGCGGAACAUGUGAAACCUCCGAUUUCACCACCUAUUAUCGCACAUGCACCUCAACAAGCACAAGCUCCAAAUGCCGAGCAUAACAGUGGAAACACGGUACCCCCAGCAAAUACUUCCCCUCCUGCAAGUGCUAAGAACCAUGACAUUCAACGUGCACCUCCACCAAAGGAACCUAGUACUGCACCGGUUCACAAAUCACCAACUAGAGGGUUUGCGCCUGCAGCUAGUCCUCUGCCCCACAACACAAAUAUGCCUACACUCCCGAGGAAUGCAUCAACGGUUCCGCAUGCUCAACCCCCAUCGUUAGGGGUAGCUCCUAAACCAGCACCCACUAGCAGAUCUCAUCCUCCGACACCAAGGAAAGGAGAACGCCCAUCAUUUUCCCCAUCUUACCCACCACCCCAUGUUCAAGGUCCCGAGGUCUCACGAGCUCAACCUCCACAGCAGGUUGGCGCUAAAAGGCAAAAUCAUCAUGCACCUCCACCGAUGAUUCAAGGCCAUCCAAACCUCCAUGUGCAUCCUCCAUCUCCUCCACCAGUGUCACCAAAGGACCCCUCUAAUGGCAGCAAAAGACCUCGUGUUUCUCCUACUCUUCCACCAAUUCCUCCUGAAACAGAACCCAAAGCACCAUCAACUCAUCCUAUUUGGACAUUGCCCCCACCACCACCUAAUUUAGAUUGCAAAUCGUUAGUGUGCCCAGAGCCUCUAACAGAUCCACCCGCAGGAGCUCCAUGUGCUUGUGUUCUACCAAUUAAAGUUGGAAUCCGUUUAAGUGUGGACCUUUAUUCAUUCUUUCCGUUAGUUUCGGAUUUUGCUGACGAAGUGGGAUCUGGGGUAAACAUGGCACGGCGGCAGGUUCGUGUUAUGGGCGCAAAUGUGGCUGGCGAUCAACCUGACAAGACAGUAGUUCUUGUGCAUCUGGUACCAAUGCAUGUGAAUUUUGAUAAAGCUACUGCCUUGUCGACAUUUCAAAGCUUGUGGAGCAAAAAGAUUUCUCUCAAACCGUCAGUUUUCGGGGACUAUGAGAUUCUCUAUGUUGUCUAUCCAGGGCUUCCUCCUUCUCCGCCUUCAGCACCAAAUGCUGGUGCAUUCGGUAACAGCAGAAAUGCAAGGGCAAUGAAGCCCCUGGGGGUUGAUGUAGGAGGACCCAAAAGAAAAGUGAAUGGGAGCGUAAUUGCUAUUGCUGUUCUAUCCACUGUUAUAGCAUUGAUUAUUUGCACUGUGGCUGCAUGGUUGCUGAUACUCAGAUUCAGGGAUUCAGAUGACAUGGCUCAAGGAUAUCCACAUAGUGCAAUUCCAAAGAUUUCCAGGUCUUCCGGGACAUGUAACACACUUUUAGCUGGUCGCCGUAGUACACAAUCAGGCCCAUCAAGUUCACUGGGGUCAAGUAUGGCAGCAUACGCAGGGCAAGCAAAGACAUUCAAAUUUGUUGAGAUAGAAAAGGCUACAAAUGGCUUUGAUGAUUCGUUGAUACUUGGGGAAGGUGGCUUCGGAUGUGUGUACCAAGGGACACUUGAAGAUGGAACCACAGUUGCUGUAAAGGUUCUGAAAAGAUUUGAUGGCCAAGGUGAACGAGAGUUCUUGGCAGAGGUUGAGAUGCUGGGACGCUUGCAUCACCGAAAUUUGGUCAAGUUGUUGGGCAUAUGCGUAGAGGAGAACGCGCGGUGUCUGGUAUAUGAACUUAUUCCAAAUGGAAGCGUUGAGUCACAUUUGCAUGGUGCCGAUCGCGAGAUAGCUCCACUUGAUUGGAAUGCACGUAUGAAAAUAGCCCUGGGGGCAGGGCGGGCACUAGCAUAUCUACAUGAAGACUCAAGCCCUUGUGUGAUUCAUCGUGAUUUCAAGUCAAGCAACAUACUGCUAGAGCAUGAUUUCACACCAAAAGUAUCUGACUUUGGACUGGCCAGGACUGCGAGGGGGGAGGGGAACCAGCACAUCUCCACUCGUGUCAUGGGAACAUUCGGCUAUGUUGCACCGGAGUACGCCAUGACGGGCCAUCUUCUUGUCAAGAGUGAUGUAUACAGCUAUGGUGUCGUAUUACUUGAACUUCUCACAGGUAGGAAGCCUGUGGACAUGUCUCAGCCCGCGGGCCAAGAAAGCCUAGUCGCAUGGGCUCGCCCGUAUCUAACAAAUGUGGUGAGCUUACGUCAAGCUGUUGAUCCGCUUCUUGGCCCUAAUGUGCCACUGGACAAUGUGGCAAAGGCAGCUGCUAUCGCAUCAAUGUGUGUACAGCCUGAGGUUGCACACAGACCGAGCAUGAGCGAAGUUGUGCAGGCCUUGAAACUUGUCUGCAGCGAGGGUGAUGAAGGCCUUGGUUCGGGAAGUUUCAGCCAGGAAUUGGCGGCCCGCACCACAGCGGCUUACGAUGUAACUGGCAUGGAGGCAGAGAGGGUGCUAUUAUCUGAGAUGUUUGGCUCAACACCUGUCUUCACUCCAGCUGCUGAUUCAGGUUCUUUCCGCAUGCAGUCCAGCUCUGGUCCUCUGAUGACAGGCACGAACAAGAAGUUCUGGCAGAGAAUGCGAAACUUGUCGAGAGGUAGUAUGAGCGAGCAUGGUAACUCGCCAGAUUUUGAGACGCAAUCACAGUGUAGCAAUAGGUGAGUUUUUGUUCUUCUGUCCAGCUUCCAGCCCCGACUAGGCGGGUAUUCAGAUGACUGGACAUAAAGAGUUUGAAGACCUAGUUUGUGUACAUUACACGUGUGGAGAUAAAGGCUAUAUAUAGUUCAGGAUCAUCACAGUAGCAGACCGGAUCAUGAGUUACGACGGAUCACCAGAGGCUUGUAUAAGAUCUGCUCAGAUUUGGUUAUACAUUUGGUUUGAUUUAACGGGUACUGCCGUACUGCUAUGUGGCCAUACACAGAUACGCCUGCCAUUCGACUUGUACUGCUUCUCUUUUUUCGGCAUGUCAGUUUGAGUUAGUUUGUUUCCCCCUUUUUGUAUGGUUAGCUGUUCGGUAGGAUUGGCAAUGUAUAUAUAGAUUUGGAGUUUCGGACACAUUUGUCCAUGUGCAUUUGCUUCAAAGAAGAUGAUAGCUUCUCAGUGUUGUGAUUA